ACUACUAUAUAAGAAAUAAUUUGAGGAUGAGUUCGACUGAGUCAGAGGAGACGAAGUCGGAGAAGAAAGAGGACGAGAAGAAAGAGGACGAGAAAAGACUGGAGAAGUUCAUGGGGAAAAAAGAGAGGAGGAGAAGCAGUCUGAACAAACCACUUCAAGGCGAUUAUAUGGGUGCUAAAACUAACAACAAGAUACUGUCUAUCAUCGGGAAGCACGAGGAAAAGGAAGUUUUGUUCGCAGAUAGCGUCAUCAAGAUCAACAGAAAGUGCAAACGUCAGGAACGUAUACUGUUGCUCACUGAAAAGGCACUGUAUAACAUAGACCCAGUGUCCAUCAAGUCAAAAAGAAGAAUAGGUUUAUUGGACAUCUCCUGUGUAAAGAUGAGCGGUCUGCAAGAUAACUUCUUUGUGAUUUGUGUUCCAACAGAAUACGAUUAUCUCUUUGUGAGCAGUAAGAAGAUAGAGAUAUGUCUGCAGCUGCGCCGACAGUAUCAGUUUGUACAUCAUGGUCAGGUCUUACCCAUCGAGUUUAAGAACACGCUCGAAUAUAAGGUGGACAGUGGUUCCUUCAGAGAUAUAAAGUUUACUAGCGAAGAGGAUGGAGUCUCAACGCAGAUAUUCGAAAAGAAGAAAUCAUGAAGCGAUACAUUAGUUUGUGAGAUGAACAACUGCCCGCUCCAUUUCACUUGAGCUUGGAUUCCUGCAAGUUUACCUUCAAACCUUUUGAAGAAAGUAUUGGCAAUCGGAAAUUUCCGGCAUUCCCUGGCCUUCUGUAAAGGAAUUCAGGCCAACCUAAAUUCAUUCAAAAACUGCUCAAUAAAUUUCAACAUUUUAUAAGUUUUUACUCAAAAAUUGUUUUGAUUUAGAGACCAACCGCAUGUCAUAUGCUCGCUUGAUAUGACUACACCCUUAUAUCAUAUAUAACAAACUUAUAGGAAACUAUUGUACCAUAAUCAUAUGAUUAUUAAGGCUUAAGAAUAGUCCACAUUUUAAAUGAAUUUAUUUCCGGGAGUUUGUUUAUAUUUCAUUGAAAGAUUUGUGUAAAAUCCGGAUUGGAGUAUUAUUUAUGAGUCGCAUUGUUGUAAUGUAUUCUGGGUAAAAUUAUCUUUAUCCCGGUUGUUGCGACAAGUAAAAAUGCUCUUAUUAGGGAAAGGAGAUUACUCGACGUUUCAAUGUAACUGCAUCGUAUUCAUGAUCUCAAAUUAUUUGUUAUAUAGUAGUGUUGAAAGUAUUAAAAAGUUUUAAUACUUUCAACACUACUAUAUAACAAAUAAUUUG